UGUUGCAGAUCACCAAAUCUAUUCCCCACCCCUUUUCCGAACAUCCCCUUCCUGCACCCUCACCCAGGCCCUGCCACCACGUGGAGCCCCCCUUCUCUGGGCCUCUGUCCCUUGCACCUCCUCCCCCUAGAUCUCCAUCCCCCUUCUAGCGUCCAACCUCAGUUCACAGGGCAAGUCAGAUGCAUCAGCCACCUGCCAGUCCUUACGUCCAUCCUAAAGGCUCAGCCCUGGCAGAGCCCAAGUGACAGAACACUCUGAGCUACAGGGAACCUGCCUGAGCUCUGGCAUUGGGGCUGGAGAGCUGCCACUGCUGAGAGUUGACAAGCCCCUGCCACCUUUAGGAGUCUCCAGGAAUGACAUGGGGACCCCAACUGCCACUCUGUGGCUUCCGCCUGCCACUCUGUGGCUUGGCGAAGGUGUGUGGGAAACUGGGUCCCUGGUACUUGGGGAGGUCCCCUGGCAACCCAUGGUACCCCAAACCUGGGAUCCACAUCCCUGCUGGACACUGGGGGGUUGCUGCUUGUUCCCUGGACAUCAGCCACCUCUUUUCCACCCUGCCCCCAUUCGGCACCUGCUAAUCCUUUGCACACGGCCCGGCUACUACCAAUUAAUCCCCCUUGGGUCUGAGAGGCCAGCUCCAAGUGGCAGCGAGAAGGCAAUUGCUGGCUGGCAGUUGGCAUCUGAGCAGGCAAGAGGAUGUUGGGCUGGGUCCAGAGGGUGCUGCCCCAGCCCCCGGGGCCCCCUCAGAAGACCAAGAAUGAGGAAGAGGAGGAGGCAGAACCAGAGCCGGAGCCAGAGCCAGAGCCAGAGAUAGAACCAGAGCCGGAGCCUGAAACAGCCCCGGAGGAGGCCGAGCCCACGCCUCCCGAAGAGCCACACAAAGAGGAGGAGGAAGUGGCUGAGGCUGACCCAAGCCCUCAAGAGACCCAGGAGGCUGUCCUUACUCCGCCCACAUCCCUGCAGGCUCCAGUCACUGUGGUUCCUGGAGUGAACAGUCACAGCGGCCGGGUGCUGACCUGGCUCUGGAAGGGUGUGGAGAAGGUGGUCCCGCAGCCCGUCUACAGCAGGGAGGACCCGGCUCAGGUCCUUGGGCAGUGCGGCACUGGGGACGCAGAGUGCACAGAUGGACCCAAUGAGGCCUCUGCAGCUGAGGACGCUGGGAGUGGGCCAUGGCUGCUCCGGUGGCUGGAACUGAACCUGGAGAAAGUGUUGCCGCAGCCCCCGAAAACCGCCGAGGGCUGGAGAGAGGAGCCCACAGAGCCUGCCUCGGGCCCAGCGCCUCCAGAACCGCCCCCGGAAACAGAGCCCACGCCGCAGGCCCUGGAGAGCCCCUCUCUGCCCACGCCCGGCCCGCAGGAGCCCCAGGAGGAGCCGGCCCCCGAGCCCCAGCCUGGGUCCUCCCUGCCACCCACGGACCCUGCCAGGUUGCUAGCCUGGGUCCUGCACAGGCUGGAGAGGGCCCUGCCGCAGCCGGUGCUCCACGGGAAAGCGGGGGAGCAGGAGCCCGACUGCCCUGGGACAUGUGACGUGCAGACCAUCAGCAUCCUCCCCGGAGGGCAAGUGGAGCCCGACCUCGUCCUAGAGGACGUCGACCCUUGCUGGGAGGACGCCCACCAGAGUGACAGCGACAGCCCGGUGGGGACAGAGGUGGUUCCAGCUUAUGAAGAAGAGAACGAAGCCGUGGAGGAGGUGCCCAGGGAGCUGCCCCGGAUUGAGGAGGAGAAAGAAGAAGAGGAAGAGGAGAAAGAGGAGGAGGAAGAGGAGAAAGAAGAAGAGAAAGAGAAGGAGAAAGAGAAAGAGAAAGAAAAGGAAAAAGAAAAAGAAGAAGAGAAAGAGGAGGAGGAAGAGGAUGGAGAAGAAGAGGAGGAAGAAGAGGAGGAGGAGGAGAAGGAGCCUGAAGUCCUGCUGGAUAGCUGUUUGGUGGAGCAGGUGUGCGUGGGCCAGAGCGCAGUAGACGAGGCCCAGUCCCCGGAGGCCUCUUCCCAGGAGGUGCUGGAGGAGGCUGAGUUGGAGGCUGCGGUGGAGUCCGGGUCCGAGGCCACCAGCUCAGGAGUGGCUGCCACAGAGGAGCACCCGGAAGUGCAGGUGGAAGACACCGAUGCUGACAGCCGGCCCCUCAUCGCCGCCGAGGAGAGCCCUCCCUCGGCCCCGCCGCGGCCACCGUCUCCUGCCAGAUCCGACACCCUCGCCGUCCCAGGCUCAGCCUCGGGGACACACAGGAAUAGGCUGCCCUCUCAGGAUGAUGAGGCCGAAGAGCUCAGGGCGCUGUCGCCAGCCGAGUCCCCCGUGGUCGCCUUGUCGGGCCCCACCACCCCGCAGGACACUGAUGCCCAGGACCGUGCCGUCUCCACGGCCAGCCAGAAUAGCGCCAUUAUCAACGACCGGCUCCAGGAGUUGGUGAAGCUCUUCAAGGAGCGGACAGAGAAAGUGAAGGAGAAACUCAUCGACCCUGAUGUCACCUCUGACGAGGAAAGCCCCAAGCCCUCCCCAGCCAAGAAGGCCCCGGAGCCGCCUGCAGACGCGAAGCCGGCAGAGGCACAGCAGGCCGAGGAGGAGCACUACUGCGACAUGCUCUGCUGCAAGUUCAAGCGCCGCCCCUGGAGGAUGUACCGCUUUCCCCAGAGCAUUGACCCGCUGACCAACCUGAUGUACAUCCUGUGGCUGUUCUUCGUGGUGCUGGCCUGGAACUGGAACUGCUGGCUCAUCCCCGUGCGCUGGGCCUUCCCCUACCAGACGCCGGGCAACAUCUACCUCUGGCUGCUGAUGGAUUACCUGUGCGACCUCAUCUACUUCCUGGACAUGACCUUGUUCCAGAUGCGCCUGCAGUUUGUCAGAGGCGGGGACAUCAUUACGGACAGAAAGGACAUGCGAAAUAACUACCUGAAGUCUCAGCGCUUUAAGAUGGACAUGCUCUCCCUGCUGCCCUUGGACCUUCUCUACCUGAAAUUCGGUGUGAAACCCCUCUUUCGCUUGCCCCGCUGCCUAAAGUACAUGGCCUUCUUCGAGUUCAACAACCGCCUGGAAUCCGUCCUCAGCAAAGCCUACGUUUACAGGGUCAUCAGGACCACGGCCUACCUCCUCUACAGCCUGCACCUGAACUCCUGUCUCUACUACUGGGCGUCGGACUAUGAGGGCAUCGGCUCCACUCACUGGGUGUACGACGGUGUGGGGAACAGUUACAUUCGCUGUUACUACUGGGCUGUGAAGACCCUCAUCACCAUCGGUGGGCUGCCUGACCCCAGGACGAUCUUCGAAAUUGUCUUCCAGGGGCUGAACUAUUUCACGGGCGUCUUCGCUUUCUCUGUGAUGAUUGGACAGAUGAGAGACGUGGUGGGGGCCGCCACCGCAGGGCAGACCUACUACCGCAGCUGCAUGGACAGCACGGUGAAGUACAUGAACUUCUACAAGAUCCCCAAGUCCGUGCAGAACCGCGUCAAGACCUGGUACGAGUACACGUGGCAGUCGCAAGGCAUGCUGGACGAGUCCGAGCUGAUGGUGCAGCUUCCGGACAAGAUGCGGCUGGACCUGGCCAUCGACGUGAACUACAGCAUCGUCAGCAAGGUGGCGCUCUUCCAGGGCUGUGACCGGCAGAUGAUCUUCGACAUGCUGAAGAGGCUUCGCUCUGUCGUCUACCUGCCCAACGACUACGUGUGCAAGAAGGGGGAGAUUGGCCGCGAGAUGUACAUCAUCCAGGCGGGGCAGGUGCAGGUUUUGGGCGGCCCCGAUGGGACGGCCGUGCUGGUGACGCUGAAAGCUGGAUCUGUGUUCGGAGAGAUAAGCUUGCUGGCUGUUGGGGGCGGGAAUCGGCGCACAGCUAACGUGGUGGCCCACGGCUUUGCCAACCUCUUCAUUCUGGAUAAGAAGGACCUGAACGAAAUUUUGGUGCAUUAUCCUGAGUCUCAGAAGUUGCUCCGGAAGAAGGCCAGGCGCAUGCUCAGGAGCAACAACAAGCCCAAGGAGGAGAAGAGCGUGCUCAUCCUUCCGCCCCGGGCGGGCACCCCGAAGCUCUUCAGCGCUGCCCUCGCUGUGACCGGAAAGGCGGGGGGCAAAGGAGGCAAGCUGGCCCACCUGCGGGCGCGGCUCAAAGAGCUGGCCGCGCUGGAGGCGGCCGCCAAGCAGCAAGAGUUGCUGGAACAGGCCAAGAGAGCUCAGGAGGCCGGCUCGGCCGCCCCGGACCAGCCGGCACCUGGGGACCAGCCUGCACCCCCAGAGGAGGCCGCCCCAGACCAGCCCGUGCCCCUAGACCAGCCCGCGCCUGCAGAGGAGGCCGUCUCCAGCCAGCCUGCACCCCCAGACCAGCCUGCGCCCCCAGAGGAGGCCGCCCCCGGCCAGCCCUCUUCCCCGGAGCCCCUGGAUCCCCCUGCCCAAGGCUCUCCGCCGCCUGCGUCCCCCGGGAGUCCCCAGGGAGGUGAGGAAGGGGCGGCCAAGCCAGAGGAGCACUCGGUGCGGAUCCGCAUGAGCCCGGGCCCGGAGCCCGGCGAGCAGAUCCUGUCGGUGGAGAUGUCAGAGGAGAAGAAGAAGGACGAGGCGGAGUGAGGCGGCCACAGCGCUGCCCGGUGGUGGCCCCAGCGGCUCGCAGUCAGCCGCCGCGACACGCCUGCCCCGACCUCGGCCCCUGCGAGGCUGGUCAUGUAACCAACACGCUUCAUCCAGUGUUCGGUCCCUAAGCUCCCAGCAUCACUUGAGCUCCCCACCUCCCCCUGACUGUUACCAUUUUUAAGAACAAAAUUAUUUUCCACGUUUUUCCGUAGGCAUGGAUGGAACGGCUCCAGCAGGGUGGGGGGCUGGGUGGAGCCGGGGUGAAGUCAAGGGUUAUGGAACGUGGGGGUUCCCUCGGGAAUCUUUCUCCCACAUUUCAAGGACAGAAAACACCUAGCAAAAAGGAGGUAGCCGUGCUGCUGGACUAGGCGGGAGCCACGGCAGUUGCCACCUGGGUCUGGGCGCUACUUCCCUUUGCUGGGUGGUGACAGUGACUCUGCUCACGAGGUGGUGAGUGCUCAUGUCCCGCACACUCCGUUCACUUCGGAGACCGAUGCCAUUAUCUCGGGACAGAUAAAGUGGGGUGCACUCACUGGCAAGGGACUGGGAGCGUGCCGAGGGGAAGGGCAGCCUCUUAGCCGCGUCCUCCCUGCCUGUCACCCUGAGAAGCCCGUUAGCAGGAGUCAGCCUGUUACUUGCUUGUGACACCCUUGCUACAGAGUUGGUGCCAGCAACUUCGAUUAACCCUAGAAAAUGAAACCUCA